CUGCCUGGGCUCCCCGGACUCGGACAGCCCAGCCUCACUCCACAGAUCCCUCGGCCUUUGACAUCUCUGCUUUUGCUGUCUCCUUCAAAACCUCAGGCUGGCUACCUCCGACGCCCCCGACGCCAUGGAAGAGUGGGAUGUGCCCCAGAUGAAGAAGGAGGUGGAGAGCCUCAAGUACCAACUGGCCUUCAAGAGGGAGAUGUCAUCCAAGACCAUCCCCGAGCUUCUCAAGUGGAUCGAGGAUGGGAUCCCCAAGGACCCCUUCCUGAACCCGGACCUGAUGAAGAACAACCCUUGGGUAGAGAAGGCCAAAUGUACCAUCCUCUGAGGCU